CAUAAAGAAUGGAUAUAAACCACAAAAAAAAAAGAGGACAUUUUUUGCGAUUAAAUCUAAAAUGAGGUGGCAAAUUUGGGAGCAAAAGGGCUAAUGUUUUUUCAAGAAAUAGAUUGCCUAUGUAAUUGUGUUACUUAACAAUAAAAUUCAAUGCGCGGGAACAACGCCACAAGAGGUGUCGCCGGAGUCCAGUCGCUGGUGGAGCUGCCGGACAGCCUCGUCACCGAAAUUCUGUCAAAAUUAGAUUUAGAAUCACUUUGCUCCGCCGCCUGUGUUUCCAAGACUCUCAACUCCUUCGUUUCACAACUUAUUCCCACUCGAUCAUCUAUUGAUCUCUCAGUGUUUUCUCCCGAUGCCAAAACUCUGCAUCGUAUUCUUAAUGCGUGCAAAAAUGUCAAGAGUGUCACUAUUGACUGCCGCCAGCUGGAGAAUUCGGCUAUCGUUGGCAUUCUUGGAGCUAAUCUAGAAGAACUUCAUCUGUUUAAGGGUGGCUUGCUCACAUCUCACAUUCUUUUUUGUAUUGAGAAUAGUUGUCCUAAUUUAAGAAAAGCAGUUUAAGAAGGUCCUCAAUGAGAUGCUUAAAGGCUGCAAACAUUUGGAGUCUUUAUCUAUCUUAUUCAGGGGGGUAAAAUGUGAUGCAAUUUAUUUGAUAUCCAGUCAGCUGUUCCUGCCGAGCACUCUGAAAAUAUUAAAACUUCGGGAAGUGCGUGAAAGUGUUGUUAUUCGUUUACUAAAACGAGGUUCUAAUGAUGAUAGACUUCUGGAAAGCAUAUCUGGUUUAAGUGGUGCUUCUUCAAGUCAACCCCUUUGCAUGUUAAGGAAUCUAUCACUUGUCUUGGAUGUUAUAAGCGAUGAACUUAUUCGCUGUCUCUACAAUGCGCUUCCCUUACUAGUGGAGCUAAAUCUGAAAGAUAGACCAUCCCAGCAGCCAUCUUUGCCUCGUGACCUGAGUAAUAAUGGGUUGCUGCUCUUGAGUUUGUGUGAGCAUCUCACCACCCUAUCUCUUGUUCGAAGUAGAUUGAAUCAUCCUGCAUCUUUUGAGCACGUAAAUGACAUGGGGAUUUUGCUGUUUGCUACUAACUGUAAUAAUGGUGCCCUUGAAUCCGUUACCCUUGGUGGAUUUUCUGCUGUCACUGAUGCUGGUUUUGCUGCGAUUUUGAACUCCUGCCGGAGUUUGAAACGAUUUGAAGUUCGGAAUGUACCAAAGUUUUCAGAUAUGACCUUUUUGGAUAGAACAAGCGAUCCGGAUUCCCUGGUCGAAUUGAGGUUGCUGUCAUGCCGUCGCAUAACUAGUCAAGCCAUGGAGCAACUCGCACCGCAUGCAGGGUUGGAAGUGCUCGACUUGUCAGGAUGCACGAAUAUGACAGACAUGUGCAUCAGCUACUUAAUGUGUCUCCGUAAACUCACAUCAUUAAACUUGGCAGGGAUUGAUGUGUCAGAUGGCGGGCUUGGCAUUCUCGGAAUAGUGCAAUCCCCCAUCGCGAGAUUAUGUCUUAGGGGCUGCAAGGCAAUAACCAACAGGGGGAUCUCUCUUUUACUGAAAGAAGGGGGAAUUAGCAAGACGCUUACAUCUCUGGAUAUCGGCCACAUCCCAGGAAUAUCAGAUAAAGCAGUUUGCAUGAUUGCUGCCUCUGCGCCAAAGAUCAACGAGUUAUGUCUACGCUAUUGUUCUCUAGUUACAGAUGCAUCUGUGAGGAUAUUGGGCUCUACAAGGGGAUGGCACCAAGACAGGAACAUGUCAUACAUUCAGAGGCUUGACCUGGCCUCCUGUAACGUGUCGAUAGAGAUACUUAAACUGGCUCGGCAGCCUUUGUUCCCUAAGUUGCGAUGGCUUGGUAUUCGGCCUGCCGGAUACACUUUUUCAGCUUCUGCCAGGGGUUCAGUUGAUUUAAUUCGACGACAGCGACCAUGGCUAUUCAUUUGUUGUGAUGGUCACGAAAUGGAGUGUCAUGAUGAAUGGCAUGUCCAUCACGAAAACAAGCUUGUUGAAUUGGAAGAGGAGUUCGAUGAUGCAUCGGAAGAAGAAAGUGAUGAUGAAUGGGAAACUGACGAGGAAUAG